AUUCCUUUCCUCAGUUUUUGGUGACUAUUAUUGUGAACUAUGAGUGAAAAUAUCUUUACCAUUGUCAAACGCAAGAACAAGAAGGGCUGGAACAUCUUUGGCGGCCACAUAGACACUACUUUGCAGGUCAGGAUAUACGGCCAGCUCGGCUAUUUAUUGGAUUCUCAGCCAACCAAGAUUACGCUUUCCGCAGCAAUCGGGGGCUACGACAGCGAUGAUGACGAACGGACCAUGUGUGACAUAGACAUGGCUGCAAAUACAACAGCCACAAACUACGAACAGGUGCUUUUGGUAGCAGAGUCAGAAAUUCAUGUUUCUGGAUUUGCCGCAAUCCUCGGGCCUGGUACACGGAUUGACGCAAGAAAUCGAGUCAAUAAUAGUGGUUGGAAGUUUACGGAUGCAUCAGGCACCAAGUACAAAUGGACUAUCGAUAAGUGUGCAAAGCUGUGGAAGCUGCAUGAUGGCAGUGGCAACGCUGUAGCGGCAUUCAAUGAAGGGCUCUUUGAUACACAAGGGCUUGGGCAUUUGUCGAUGCCAGCAAGUACUGAUCAAGAAAUGAUGCAUGUUAUCUUGAUUACAUGGGGUCUGGUGGCCAGAGGUGCUAUGAAUAAUGUUGUAAAUAUGCUGAUGGAUCAGGGCAUGGUAUAGUCUCAAGGUCCGUUUAUGGUGAACUAAAAUUGUCCACAGCCCUUUCUUUUUGUCUAAUAUAGGGCUGACCAACUCGUGCAGCACAAUAAAUGUCUCCUACUCGCUGUCCUCUCUUCUUUUGGCUUUGGUUCUGCC